GAAGUGUGAAUCUUUACUACAAGUAACAAGUCGUGACCACAAUGUAGACCGUAAACGUACAGCACAUAGAAUAUAUCAUUAUGACAAGUGUCCAUUAACAGGUUAAUAGUGACUGAUCUUGUGCUGUUCAGCCCUAUCCUGUGUACACAAGUAUAAACCCGCCCUGUGGAGAACUGCAGUUUCGUUUCUCUCUUCCUCUGUCAGCCAUGGCGUCUGCUGAUCUGAGAGCUGAGCUGGACUGCUCCAUCUGUCUGCAGACCUAUACAGAUCCUGUAAUGCUGAGAUGUGGACACAACUUCUGCCGGGUCUGUAUUGAUUGUGUACUGGAUACACAGGACGAGUCUGGAGUCUAUACCUGUCCUGGAUGCAGAGAAGAGUUUCAGGAGCGGCCUGCACUGAUGAGGAACUUAGCUCUGCGUAACAUUAUGGAGAAUUUAUUGGUUACUAAACAUAAAGAGACGGAAACCGGGAUCUGCUGCACUUACUGUGUGGACUCUCCUGUACCUGCUGUUAAAUCCUGUCUGAUGUGUGAGGCUUCUCUGUGUGAGAAACACCUGAGAGUUCACAGCAAGUCAUCAGAACACGUCUUAUCUGACCCCAGCACUUCCCUGGAGAAGAGGAAAUGUUCUGUCCAUAAGAAGAUCCUGGAGUAUUACUGCACCGAGGACUCUGCUUGUAUCUGUGUGUCCUGCAGUUUGGUUGGAGAACAUCAGGGACAUCGGGUGGAGAUGCUGGAUGAGGCCUCUGAGAAGAAGAAAGGGAAACUGAGAAAUAUUUUCCAGAAACUGACCAUAAAGCGACAGAAGACUGAGAAAAGAGUCCAGAACCUGGAGGAACGCUGGAGAAAAGCUCAGGAAAAAGCAUCUGGAGAAGCAGAGAGAGUCACUGCCCUGUUUACAGACAUCAGGAGACAACUGGACAACCUGGAGAAGAGGGUCCUGAGCGAGAUCUCCAGGCAGGAAAAGGAAGAGUCACUCUCAUUCUCUUCUCUGAUCCAGAAGCUGGAAAUAAAGAAGGACGAGCUGUCCAGGAGGAUGAGACACAUUGAGGACAUAUGUAACAUGACUGAUCCACUGACUGUCUUACAGGAACCAGAUACAGGUGACUUGUGUGAUCCUGAGGAGGGAGGAGGUGAUAAGGACAGAAAUAGAUGUCUCCAUGAUGUAGAUGAUCUGGAUGUGGCUGUGAUCUCGGACACAUUUCAUACAUUAUGUGACAUAAUAACAGAUAUAAGGAGGGGGAUCUAUAUGGAGGGUCCUGGAGACAUAUUACUGGAUGUAAACACAGCUGCUAAUAAUGUCCUUAUAUCAGACGACCUGAAAACUGCAACCUGUACAAUAUAUAAUCAGAAUCGUCCAGGAAGAGCAGAGAGAUUCCUGAAUAAUCAGGUGAUGAGCAGCAGGGGAUUUACCUCAGGGCGACAUUACUGGGAUGUGAAGAGCAGAGGAUCAGUGGGUUGGAGGGUGGGGAUGUGUUAUCCCAGUAUAAACAGGAGGGGAGAUCAGUCAUACAUUGGGGAUAAUAACAAGUCCUGGGGUUUGAGGAGGUGUAGUAAUCAGUAUACAGUGAUACAUAACAAGAAAGAGAUCCAGUUACCUGACAAGAUCUCCAUUGAUAGAGUCAGGAUAUGUCUGGACUAUGAGGCCGGGCAGCUGUCCUUUUAUGAGCUGUGUGACCCCAUCAGACACUUACACACCUUCACUGCCGCCUUCACCGAGCCCCUUCAUGCUGCAUUGUGUGUAUCUGUAUGGAGAGGUUCUAUAAAGAUAUCAGGGGGAAGCAGAAACUGGGAGAAACCAUCAUAACCUAUGAAAUCUGCCCAGAGACUGGUGACAGAAACUGUUAUCUGAUUGGUGGAUCAUCUAGCCAAUGGGAUGAAUGAGACGGUGGGGCUACAGGUGAUGGGUCCUAUAUUACAGCUGAUCCUAUGACUAGAUCACAUGGGUGGAUGAUCCACUGUACAGGUAGCUGAUAAUUACUCUCUGGGUGCAGCGAUAUACUGGAGACGGUAUACUCAGGGAAAGAACAUGUAAUCCGAGGGCAAGUGCAUAGUGUUAGGGCUCAUGCAGACGACAGUUGUUUUUUGCGUCCGCAAAU